AUGAAGCUCACUUGGGCACCUCUCGCUCUUUUCUCCCUUGUUGCUGCUAACCCAGUAACUCCAGUCUACGAAAUCCCAGACUUCGAACGCGACUACAACUUUACAUGUGGCGAGACAUUGAACUCCACCAUCAAUCUGACCCAGUGCUAUGUGUUGUUGAACUGGCUUGGAAGUGCUUCCAAGACGGGCUGGUGGACAAUCGGAGACCUGAAGAAUUAUUCGUGGAAUGUUCAAGGAUGUCAAGUGACUAUCGUAACUACCGAGGUCGCAAACUAUACUCUCAGCAUGAACGGAGCCGAGUUCUUUCAGGUUGGCGAGUCGGCUUAUACGAACAAAUGCAACAAGCCACAGCAACGAAUCUCGUUUUCACCCAAGAAUGGUAGCUGGGUAGUCUACAUGAUGGAGGUUGGGUUCGAUUACAAUGGACCUAUCUGGUAG